UGCAUAAACAGAGUGGCAGCACUGUGCGCAGUCACUGUUGUGCUAUAGAAUUAUAAACAAGUCACAAGACUGAAAUGAAAAUAACUUGCAUAUUGUUAACUUGUUUCCUCUCGAGUCAAAUACCAAUUUGUCUCUCUUUAAAAAUGUCUUCUAUGGUGGGUGGAAUUAGUAGCGAUCUUCAUCCAGCAGACGCGUUUAUUCAAGAACUGAUUGAAAAGGUACGAUCAGCCGCUGAAAACAAAGCUGGUGUAAAAUUUGAUAAAUACGAAGCUGUAUCGUACAAAACCCAGCUUGUAGCUGGCACAAAUUACUUUGUAAAGGUUGAUGUGGGUGAUGGAAAGUAUGUUCACUUGCGAGUAUUUCAACCCUUGCCACAAGGAAAUGUAACUCCUCAACCAGAACUGGCAGCAAUACAGUUGUUUAAGACAAAGGACGAUCCCAUUGAAUACUUUUGAAAUAAAACAUACUGACACUUUUCAUUAAUUUGUUAACUAGACAUUUCGAGUAUAAUUGCAAUAAUAAUGUAAAUGCAAUAAAAUUAAUUAGCAAUAACUUCUUGAUAUUUUAUUAUCAAAGCAAUUUAGGUAGAGAAAGAUGUGCUAGUUGAAAAAAUAGAAGUUGAAUUCCAACAUUCAA